GGUGAACUCUGGUGUGGGAGCAGGAGGUUGUGAAUUUCAGCUCAGGAGGAGGGGCAUCUCUCUGAAAGUGAAACCUACAUGACGUGGUGUUGAGCUACAGCCUGAUCCUCCUUGUUUACUAAAAACGAAGCUCAGCUGCAGAACUGAUUACAACAGCAGAAAUCUCUAACGGAGGAUCAGGUGGAAGCUCGAUAAAGAACCGAUGGAGACAAACAGUUCACAAAGACGUCAUGAGAAAAGCUCACGCAUAAUAACAAGAGAUAAAAGAAAACAUUUCAUAAAGCAAGCGAGAGAUGGAAAAAGUGGAAAAGUGGCAAAAAACACUGAAAAUGAGCAAGAGGAAGAACCUCUCAGUGCUGACGUGGAGCUCGAGCCUCUCAGCGUGGACGAUUAUCAAACGCUUCUGGAGUUGUUAAAGAUUAACCUGCCUGAAGGAGCUUUAAAUCCAGAGGUCACUCAACGCUCAACACAUCCUGAUGUCAUCAAAGAUUCGAAAGCAAUUGUACAAGAUCUGAGAAACGCUAAAAUCACAGUAGUUGGGAAACCUCGUCUGUCUUGCGUGGAGGUUAAAAGGGCUCAUGGACAGAAAGAGAAAGGCAAGAUUAGAGACGUGGUAAACAGUUUAUUUUUUACAAACUGUAACAAAGCCUCGGCGGAAACCUUAAAGAAACGGUGGGAAAAAAACGCUCCUGAAAGCGGCUGCAGGUUCAGGAUGAGAGACACGUUUAAUGAGACGCCGAUCUCCACUCCUGAAAAGUCGGUCAGUUCCAACCCCAGUAGAAAAGCGUGGUUUGGGAAUCCAGAAGACAACAAAAACAACGCCACAGACUGCUUCAGAUUCUUCCUCGAAAAGAUCGGGCUUGAUAUAGAACAUGCGAAGUACAAAACGGAAUAUCCGGUGGAAUCCGGGUUUAUCUCUGGAAGGUUGGACUUUUUAUUAGAUAUUUCAAAUCCAGCUGUAAGCAGUGAAGCGUCACGGAGCGAGAAAAUCAUAAUCGAAUGUAAAGGUACGAAAGGUGACAUGGUGAAAAACGUGUUCACUUUACCACAUGAUGAAGGUCAUGAAGUUGAACUCACCAAAUCCCAUGAGUAUUAUUAUCAAACUCAGGCCUAUCUGUACAUCCUGAAAAAGGAACUAAAUCCGGUUCCGGUGAGAGCUGUGAUGGUGGUGAAACUCACUGCUGAAGGAACAAAGCCAAAGUUCUACUGGGGCGAGCUGAGCAACAACACGGAGCACAUCGAGGAACUGAACAACUUCUGCCAAGAGGAGGCUCUGCCUCGAUUCCUGGCUGUUCUCAACCUCAUCUUUCAGAAAGUGAAGGAAAGAGGAGGAGCCGGAGAGACAGAAAGAGGAGGAGCCGGAGAGACAGAAAGAGGAGGAGCCGGAGAGACAGAAAGAGGAGGAGCCGGAGAGACAGAAAGAGGAGGAGCCGGAGGGACAGAAAGAGAGGAGAAGAUGGAAUGAGAUGAAGCCAGAGGGGUUAAAACAGAGGAAAAGAUGAAGAUAGAAAGAGACGGAGAGAUGGAAAUCAUCAGUUGAUCACGUAUAUAAUAUAAUUAUAUUAUAUAAUGAACAUAUUCAUAAUAUGAAUACGUAAUAUAAUGAAUAUAUUCACUCCACACUAACAUCAGAAGUAUGCAGGUAGCUAACAGAUAGUUGUGUAAUGUGUGCAGUAAUCUCUGCACUGUACUCCUGGAUGUUUAUUUAGUGUUUAAUAAAGAGUCAUUGCGUUAUUGUAGAGUCAUUAGUGAGCAGAAAUGUGGACACACCUUUAAAACAUCUGGGAUGAAACGUGAGGAACUAUUUGUGGUGCUGGAGUCUGGCAUCGUGACUUCAUGAGGAAUAUCUGCAGGGUGUUUAUAUACAGCGGAAUCAAAUACAAAUCAGCCGUUAUUACACCAUGAGCACUUGCGUACGCCUGUCAGGGCAUGUAACAGACCUGCAACCUUUCAGCACCUCAUGCAAGCCAUGAAGACUGACCUCAUGUUCCAGAUUGCGUUAGUCUAUAGAGAUGACAUCGUGGUCUUUUCCUAGAUCUCUGAGAAACAUCUAGAGAGGCUGGAGCUUUUAUUCAAAUGUGUGUCCUCGAUUCCUGGCUGUUCUUAACCUCAUCGUUGAGAAACUAGACGUACACUUACAUGUUCAUGAUUAUUUGCAUAUGGAUUUCUUUUCCUUUUCACUCAUUGGAACCGAAUUUAAAUAUUUAAAUUUAAGUACAUUGUGUGGUUAUUAGAUGAAUAAUCAGAUGAUUAGAUGAAUAAUUAGGAUGAAUAAUGAUAGGUUCUCUGUACAUUUAGGAAUAAGGCUCAGUAGAACAUCUCUAUGAUCUUUUCCUUUCGUAUUGGUUUUAUUAUUAAAUGAUGCAUUGAUGAGAUUAAACCGCGGGGAGGGACAGACACCGAGUCUCUGACUGUGAGCAGGUUGAUGUUGGAAGCUCAGAGGGGUUUAAUUGAACAGAUGGAGAAUGAGUGUUUAUAAAAUGCUAUGUUUAUGAUUUUAUGGUGUAAAAAGUCAGACAUCUUGUGGAGAAUCUACAGAGCUUCAAUAAAACACCACUUUCUCCAA